GGCGAGAGUAUGACAAGGAGGGCAACCUGCGGCCGUGGUGGCAGAACUCCUCCCUGGAGGCCUUCAAGAACCGGACAGCGUGCAUGACAGAGCAGUACGGGCGCUACACUGUCCACCGUGAGAAGGUCAACGGCCGGCAGACACUGGGCGAGAACAUCGCCGACAACGGUGGGCUCAAGGCAGCCUACAACGCGUACAAGUCCUGGCUGCAGAAGAACGGGGAGGAGAAGCGCCUGCCAGCCCUGGGGCUCACCAACCACCAGCUUUUCUUCGUGGGCUUUGCGCAGGUUUGGUGCUCUGUCCGGACACCCGAAAGCUCCCACGAAGGGCUCGUGACUGACCCCCACAGCCCUGACAAGUACCGUGUCAUUGGCACCCUCAGCAACUCCCGGGACUUUGUUGAACAUUUUGGCUGCCCCCUGGGCUCCCCCAUGAACCCUGGCAAGCACUGUGAGGUGUGGUAG